AUGGCCUGCUUUGUCUGCCUCACGGGACGUAUCGGUGCGACAUAUCACAUAUCCUUUCCGGUUGUCAGUCGCUCAUCCUUCGGAAUCUGGGGUGCGUUAUGGCCCGUUUUCAAUCGAGCAGCUAUGGCUUGUAUCUGGUACGGCGUACAAGGAUGGAUUGGUGGAACCUGCGUGUACCUCAUGAUCCGCAGCAUCUGGAACGACUGGCGCAAUGACACUGGCGACGGUGGCAUCAAGAACAGCAUCCCUAGCUCAGGCACAAACACCGUGGCCUUUGUGUCGUUCUUCCUCUUCUGGGCCGGCUCGCUACCUGCUUUAUGGUUCCCAGUCCACAAGAUUCGCCAUCUAUUCACCGUCAAGGCCUUUUUUGUUCCCACGGCUGGUGUUGCCUUCUUCAUCUGGGCUAUUGUUCGUGCGAAAGGUAUCGGGCCAAUCGUGCAUCAGCCUGGUAAAGCUCACGGCUCUUCCCUUGCCUGGCUGAUGAUCAAGGGGAUCAUGUCUGCGAUUGCAAAUUUCGCCACCCUCAUCGUCAACGACCCAGAUUUCGCGCGUUUCGCACGUAAACCAAGCGAUGCAUUUCUACCCCAGCUAAUCACCAUCCCGGUUGGCUUUGCUAUUACCAGUUUCAUCGGCAUUAUCGUCUCCUCGUCCUCAACCGUCAUCUUCGGCGGCACACCCAUCUGGGACCCUCUCGACCUCCUCGAAAGCUUCCUCAACGAGAAUGGCGGCUCCGGCCAACGCUUUGGCGUUUUCAUCAUCGCUGCCGCCUUCACCCUCGCCCAGCUCGGCACCAACAUCGCAGCCAACUCCGUCUCCGCAGGCACAGACAUGACGGCGCUCGCACCCCGUUGGAUCACCAUCCGUCGCGGCAGCUACGUUUGCGCGCUCGUCGGCCUCGUCAUGUGCCCCUGGCAUCUGCUCUCCAGCAGCAACAACUUCACCACCUAUCUCUCCGCAUAUUCCGUCUUUCUGUCUUCGAUAGCGGGGGUCAUGAUCUGCGACUACUACAUCGUCCGCAAGGGCUACCUCCAAAUCCACGACCUCUACUCUGGUAAGAAGACGGCGCCGUACUACUUCACUUUCGGGUUCCACUGGCGUGCGUACGCGGCGUACAUCGCGGGUAUUGCUAUCAAUGUCGUGGGGUUCGCGGGCGCCAUUGGUCGCGAGGUCCCCGUCGCCGCGCAGCAUAUUUACGAUUUGAACUAUUUCUGUGGAUUCGGCGUCGCGGCGGUGAUAUACUGGAGUCUUUGCAAGCUGUCGCCUAUACCAGCCACGAGCGAUACGUGGCUGGAAGUUGGAGAUCAGAUUAGCGACGAUUUCGCCGCCAACACUAGCGAUGAGGAGGGGCGGUAUGAUGAGGAGAUUAUGAUGGCUGGUAAAGGUAAAGGGCCAUUGACAAGGGAUAUAUCCCAUGAGGGGGAUAAGGUUUGA